AUGCUGAAAUCAACAAUUGCAAAACCUCGAGUGAUUUUCUCGGGCAUUCAACCCACGGGCAUACCUCACCUAGGAAAUUAUGCAGGCGCACUUCGACAAUGGGUUAAGCUUCAAGAGAGACAUACAGAAGACAAGCUCAUCUACUCUAUCGUGGAUCUCCAUGCUAUCACAACACCUCAACAGGCGGAUGUGUUAAGAAAGAGCAAGAGGGAGGCAUUGGCUGCCUUGUUGGCUAUUGGCAUCGAUCCUGAGAAAGUGACUUUGUUCUAUCAGUCUUCUGUACCCGCUCAUUCAGAGCUUAUGUGGAUUCUCAGCUGUACAGCUUCCGUUGGAUAUCUAUCAAGAAUGACACAGUGGAAAAGCAAACUCAAUAUCAGCGACAAGUCAAACAUGAACGACAAAGCAGCCAGUAACCUCAAACUCGGCCUUUUCUCGUAUCCCGUUCUUCAAGCUGCCGACAUUCUCGUACACAGAGCAACUCAUGUUCCAGUUGGUGAAGAUCAGAGGCAGCAUCUCGAGUUUGCUCGAGAGUGUGUAACAAACUUCAAUGCAGCUUACGGCAACCAUUUAGUAUCCCCUCAAACUACCCCCUCUCCUGUCCAAAGAGUCAUGUCUCUCCAGAAGCCAGCAGAAAAAAUGUCAAAAUCCAGCAAGUCACCGAAAUCACGCAUCAGCAUCAUCGACUCCCCUGAGGAGAUCAAGGCCAAAAUCCAAGCUGCAACAACAGACUCCAUUCCGGGGAUAAGUUACAACAGAGAAGAACGACCUGGAAUCUCAAAUCUGCUGGAUAUUAUGGCCAUUUUUGAUCCCGAGGGGAGAAAGGCUCAAGAGCUUGGAGAGCAGUACAAUGACCUUUCACCCAAGCAGCUCAAGGAGAUGGUUAGUGAUGCAGUCAUUGGUGGUUUAGAUGGUAUUCGGGAUCGCUAUACUGAGCUGCUGAAUAAGGGGGAUGGGUACCUUGAUUCCAUUGCGGCAAUUGGCGCUGGAAAGGCACGCAAAAGUGCUGAGGAAACUAUGCAGAUUGUCCGAGAGGCUGUUGGAUUGUAA